GGCGGGGGGCGGGGGGCGCGGGGCGGACGCCACGCCGCUUAAUUUUACGAAAUUAAUUGAUCUGCGAGAGUUCUGUCCAUCUCCCUGAUCGAUCGGAAACUCGCGAUUUCAGCUCGGAUUUUCUGAAUAAGGAUAACACAAACAUUCAGAUUCCUCGUGGCCCGAGAUCUCCGAUGCGAGAUAUCCGGGCUAUGGGCCAAUGGCCACCGGUGCUGCUCUAGUUUCAGGAUGCGUCCUUCCAGCCCGCCCGGCUCGCGCGAAUCAUCUUAAUAGCAGGAUCCAGGCCAGUAGAUCUCGUCAAUUUAAUCGGAAUCGUGGUAGACCUCGUCUUCGCUGCUCAGAUACAGGCCACUUGUUCGGCUGUGCGCAUGCUCGUGGCCAUCUUACAGUUGCCCAUGCUGAAGGUUAUCCAGUCAUGGGUGGGACAAAUGAUGCAAGCCCUUCAUCUAAACUUCAUACAAGGCUGAGACUUUGGGAGUUUCCUGACAGCUAUGUAUUUGAACCAAUUGAUGGCCUUGCUGACUUGUACUUGUCAGUUAGCCGAGCCAAUGGAACAAUGAAUCUGGUUGAAGCGUUGCCACCACGUGGAUCAUCAACCCCUAAAGUUCAAACAGUUUAUGGUGUGAUAGGAGUGCUCAAACUUGCAGUUGGAUCAUAUUUUCUGGUGAUCACAGACCGUGAUUGUGUGGGAUCCUACUUGGGACAUGCAAUUUUUAAAGUGACAGGACUAAAGGUUCUUCCCUGCAAUAAUGCACUUAACACAACUUCUGCUGAACAGAAAAAAAUGGAAACUGAAUUCUCGGAACUCCUGGAUGCUGCAGAGAGGACUAUUGGCCUUCACUUCUCCUAUGAUAUCAACUUAACACUCUCUGCACAGAGGCUACAUGAUCUUGGUGAUGAGUACAAAUCACUUCCCCUUUGGAGACAGGCAGAACCAAGAUUUCUAUGGAACAGUUACUUGUUGGAACCUCUAAUUGAGAACAGGCUGAACCAGUACUUAUUGCCAGUAAUUCAAGGCAGUUUUCAAAACAUCCAUGCAGAAGUUGGGUCAGAAAAGGUAAAUGUGACCCUGAUUGCACGUAGGUGCACACGGAGGAUAGGUACUCGGAUGUGGAGACGAGGAGCUGAUGCAGAGGGUUAUGCUGCAAACUUUGUUGAAUCAGAGCAGAUAAUGCAGUCAAAAGGAUUUACAGCAUCGUAUGUACAAGUUCGAGGUUCUAUGCCAUUCUUGUGGGAGCAGAUUGUUGAUUUGACAUAUAAACCUAGCUUUGACAUUGUUAGACAAGAGGAGGCGCCUCGUGUGCUUGAGCGGCACUUUCAUGAUUUGCAAAAGAAAUAUGGAGCUGUCUUGGCUGUUGAUCUUGUCAAUACAGGUGGAGGUGAAGGUCGUCUCCGUGAAAGAUAUGCAAAAUCUAUCGAACCUAUUCUCAGUGAAGAUUUAAGAUAUGUGCACUUUGACUUCCACCGAGUUUGCGGACACGUUCACUUUGAACGCCUUUCUCAGCUGUAUGAUCAGAUCAAGGACUAUCUUAGGAAACAUAGGUACUUCCUUAUAAAUGAUAAAGACGAGAAAAUUGAGGAGCAGACUGGCACUGUCAGAACAAAUUGCAUAGACUGUUUGGAUCGCACCAAUGUGACUCAGAGCAUGAUUGGGAGAAAAAUUCUGGAGAGCCAACUCCAACGAAUAGAAGUUCUUGGUGUUGAUGAUACAAUAAGCAAUCAUCCAGCCUUUGACACAAACUACAAAAUAUUGUGGGCAAAUCAUGGAGAUGCAAUAAGCAUUCAGUACUCUGGAACUCCUGCUCUGAAGGGAGAUUUUGUUCGGUAUGGAAAGCGAACUACUCAGGGAAUUCUGAAUGAUUUGCGGAAUGCACUUGGUAGAUACUACUUGAAUAACUUUGUUGAUGGGACUAAGCAGGAUGCCAUGGACCUUCUUCAAGGACAUUACAUGACAUCUGUUAGUCGAGACAUGGCAGUGCCAAGAAAAGGAGGACUUCUAGAGAAUUAUGCGUCCUUUCGCCUUGCUUUUGCAUUGGUUAUGGGAGUUAUGAUGUUCAUGAUGAUGUCCCUAAGACAUGAAAGAAGCAUUUGCUGUCUGUUUUCAAUCCACACUUAAUCCAUGCAUUAAGUAAAGGAAAUUUUCCAUGAAGUGUUCCAUUUUGUUUCAUCCCUUUGGAAAAGAGCUUUACUAUUUAAUUCUACCUUAAUGUUUUGUUUGUGCAGUGCGUCUGAGUAUUAAAAUCUAAAUGCAGCCAAUGGGAAAACACUUGCACACAUUUAUAUUUUAUUGCUUCUAUCAUUAUUCAACGUAAUGGGUAUGGUCAAAUUGAUGAAAUGCCAGUCAACAUGGCAAAAUUUAUUGUGUGUUUAUAGCGCCCAUGAAAUCAGCCUUGAGAUGUAAUCUGCGUUGGUUUUGGCAUUUAGGAGAUGUGGCUAACAGCUGUGAAGUUGAGGAUGAAAAACUAGACUGCAUCAAUAUUGAUCUUUUUUCGUACUAUUUUAAUGUUUAAACACCCAAAAUUCGUAAAGCCAAAAUCUAUAAUAAAUGUUGUAAAAGUUCUAGCUAUUGUAAUAUGUAUUAACCUUUAAGUACUGAGGCAGACUAUAUUGGCUAAUCGAAAUUG